GAAGAAGAAGGAGACCAAUCAGUGUUCGCCGAUCCAGUCGAUUUGCAGCCAAUCAGCGUCGCCUUAGCUGGAUUUCAAAAAGUCACCCGCCAUGAUUGUUUUGUAUUUCAGGCUGGACCAGCUUCACUAAGGUAGUCAGGUUUUUCUUUCUGGACAACCAGCAUAGGAAGUUAUUUUUAUUUUUUAAUAAAAACAAUUUCUGGGGGAGAGAACAAGAUACCUUAACAUGGAUUCUCAAUUUGCUCACCUGCGCCAGCGGGACACCAGUGUGUCAAUGCUGAGAGUUAAAAUGUCCCGCAGGAGGUCUCAGUCCCAGAAGGAAAACCGAGAACGGGUCGUGAACACGCGCAGGCAGCUGUCCGAGCUCCCAGAGCUGGAAGUGUCUUCCCUUGAUGCCUCCAUUGCUCAGGCCAACAUGUCAACCAUUCAGGAGAAGACGUUGAACAAAGCCAAAUCUGCUAAAGAUGUGGCUCUAGAAGAAAGGUUGAAACAGCUUGGGCGCUGGAAAGAGCGUAAGGCUCUUGAGAAAGAGAAGGAGAAGAGACAGAGGGAGCUGAAAGGGGUUUUCAAGACGGGCAUGUACCACCCAAAAGACACCCUUAUCAUUCCCUCUCUGCCCGAAGUCCCAGGAUUCUUAACCAGAGCAAAGGAGACUAAAGUGAACAUGGCUUCAUCCCAGAGUGCCAGAGUCACUCGUUCUAUGAAACAACAGCAGCAGCAGCAGCAGAUUGAGAGGCCACUGAAGAUGCAGGUUUCAUAUACUGUGGCAAAAAAAACUCAGCCUGCUGGGGACAGAUCAACCAGGAGCCGGGUCGCUCCUGUCAAGCUUGCACCCGCGCCGUCCGUUUCCAAGAUUCAAGUUUCUGCAGUGGCGCCUGUCGUACGAUCUUCGAGGACCAGAGCAGCCAACAGGCCUCCUGUUCCAGCAGCACCUGUGAUGAAAGACAAACCGAAGGAUGUAAGAACCACCAGAAGCAGAGCGGUUGUCAACCAUGUGGCCCCCUUUUCCCACAGAGAAAAGAACGGUCAAGCAACUUUCAACAACCUUGUUGAGCCUGUUGUGGUCGAGGAGGUUGAGAUGCAGAAGACAGAGGAAAAACCAUGUCCCCCCAGCCCGGCACCCUGCCCUGAAGAGGAAAACAUGGUGGUGGACCAAGUCCCGACCGACUCUGUCCCUCUUGUGGAUCCCGUUGAAGCGCCAUCUUCUUUAUCUUCUUUUGCUCCAAAUGGUUUUAUAUUCCAGGCUCCCACUGGUUUAUCGUCCUUCAAGUUCGAUCCUCUCACUCCUCGCUCAGCAGACGCCUUCCUUUCACCGAGCAUGAGUCUUCCAGAGGUCCCCGCCUUCAACAUUGAGCCUGAGGCUGAGCCUUGCUGCUCUCGUCCCUGCACAGCUCCCACAAUGGCCCCCCCAACUCCAGGCAGCCCUCUGGAAUCAAAACACGAUGUACCAUACUUCAGAUCGGUAAUUGUCAAUGAGACCGAAAGACUGACGACUCUGUGUGUCAACUGGGAGCCUAACGUGGAGGAUGAGUCUAUCCCAGAAGAGAUGAGAGACCGUAUGCGUACAGCAGUGGGCCAAGCGAGGCUGUUGAUGAAGGAGCGCUUCAAACAGUUCAGCGGUCUGGUGGACGACUGUGAGCUGGGCCGGGGGGAGAAGAUCACCACCUGCACUGACCUGCAGGGAUUCUGGGACAUGGUGUAUUACCAGGUAGAGGAUGUCCACAAAAAGUUUGGCGCACUUAAAGAAGCAGAGAGCCGAGGCUGGGUGGAGGAGCACAAGCCGCAGCUGCCACCACGACAGAGGAAAGUAGUGAAGAAACCAUCAGCUGCACCUGCCAAGCCAACAGGAACCAAAGGGGCAGCCAAGUCUCGCCUGGCUGCUGUGAAAGCGGCCAUGAAAGCCAAACAGCAGGCGGCUGAGGCAGAGAAAGCGGCAAAAGACGCUGGCAGUGAUGCAGACAACCCCAGCCCGAACGCUGAGGAACCACAGUCCCCACAGGAGCCCCAACCGACGGUGGUCUUUGACGGAGGCUUCUUCCAGGUGGAGAGCCCAGGCAGAGCAUCGGGUUUGAUGCAGAGAUCCAGCCGCCUGAGUGCUGCUGUGCUGCCUCAGGCCUCUCCCUGCUCCAACUACCUCUCACCUAGAAGAGUCACUCAGCGAUCCCUUGCCAUGGCGCAGACCCCCCUUCACAGCAUCACCUCUCCCGCUCAGCCCGUCCACACUCCUGCCCGGUUCCGUCUUCCCCUCGACCAAACCCCAGCACAAGCGCCAAAGUCUCAACGUGGCACUCCUCAGUCGUCCCCGACCAGAAAGGACACUGUAAACGUCUCCCUUUGUUUCUCGCCUGUCAAGGAAGCUCCUGAAUUGUGCACGCCCGCAUCCGUGCAUUCACUUCCAACCAUUAAUGUGGUGGUGGAGGAGCGAGGCGAACCAGAUGAAGCCGUUGAUGUUGACCUGACGCUCUCUCCGUGCAAAACCGCCCCCGAGCCCGCAUCACCCCCGAGUUUCACGUUGUCACCAUGUGUGACGCCCAGCCAGCCUCCCCUCUCCUCCCCUCCUGCUGUGCAAGGUCUUCUGGAGGCCCAAGAGUCUGUGUGUCUCACACCGGACAACUCUGCUGUUGAGGAAAUUCCUGAGUUGGACUUUGAGCGUUACCUCCAGCCGUCACAGGGAUGCAGCCUGUCCCCCAUGGUGGAUGUAGAGAUGGAGAGUCCUAGAGGUCAGACAGAGGACCUGCUUACUCUGGAAGAACCAGCACAUCCAGCGGUGCGUUCAGCUUUACAUCUUCAGUCACCACAGUCCCAGACAGCCCAGUCUGCCAUGCUUCUCUUCACCCCGGACCUGAAGGACCGGAUACGCCAGUCUGUCUGUCCGAGUGACCUAAUGGUCUUCACACCUCCACUCUGAUGCGCAGCCUAGAGAUUAUCUUAUGUGUUUUAACUUGUUUCAUAUAUUCACAACCUUUUUGUUUUUCAUAAAAAAAUUAUAUAUAUUGUUUUUAGAUGACUGGAAAAUAGUUUUGUCUUACAAUUAAAGUUUUAGUUACAACAAAGUA